AUGCACCUGGACCAGGCAGGAUUGCACCUGCAACCCAGCGGAGGUCCGGGCUCCCCUCCCGGGCACACCGCGUCCCGGCCGCCCCCCUCGCAGCCACACCCCCCCGCGCUCUGGGGCCCGGCCCCCCGGGACUGCGGGCGUGGGAGCCCCGGCCCCGCUCGGGUCCCUCCCGGCGACCCGCGGCCUCCUUCCUUCCUCGCCCGGACGGACGCACUUCCGGCGGAUGGGGAGGAGGGGAGCAGCCCCGGAAACGGAAGUGAGCGGCGGGGCGGGCUGACGCGACCGGGCUGGAGAGGCUGUUUGCGGCGUGAGCUAAAGAUGAAUACCAGAGGACUUGGAUCUCAGCUAAAGGACAGUAUUCCAGUUACUGAGCUAUCAGCAAGUGGACCUUUUGAAAGUCAUGAUCUUCUUCGAAAAGGUUUUUCUUCUGUGAAAAAUGAACUUUUGCCCAGUCAUCCUCUUGAAUUAUCAGAAAAAAAUUUCCAGCUCAACCAAGAUAAAAUGAAUUUUUCCACACUGAGAAACAUCCAGGGUCUGUUUGCUCCACUAAAAUUGCAAAUGGAAUUCAAGGCAGUGCAACAGGUUCAGCGUCUUCCAUUUCUUCCAAGCUCAAACCUUUCACUGGAUAUUUUGAGGGGUAAUGAUGAGACUAUUGGAUUUGAAGAUAUUCUUAAUGACCCAUCACAAAGUGAACUAAUGGGAGAACCACACUUGAUGGUGGAAUAUAAACUUGGUUUACUGUAACGCACUGAGCUGACCAUGGAAAUGGAGGGGCUACAUCUUGUUUAUAGUCAUCUUUUUGCUAUAAUUUUAUGUAUACAACAUUAAAAGUACUGACACCUGAGAAUUGUUGCCUACAUAGUAUCAUCAUUGGAAAUUAUUUGUGUCUUUGGUUUACGUCCAUGUGACAGUUGAAGGCACUAGAGAUGAUUUUAAAACUCCUGAAUUAUAUUGAAACAAUAACCUUCUGUAUCUUUAAAAAAUUAUUGCUAAUGAAUAUUAUAAAACUGACAACAGGUUCCAGUUUAACCUAUUUCCUAGGCAUUCCAUAAGUUGAAUUUUGAAUAAUCAUUAUCAGUAUUUGAGUCCUUAGUCUUCAUAGCCCUUUCAGAGUAAACAUCUGUAAUUGAUUUCAGUGAUCACACUUCAAAUUAAGUACAAAAUCAGAUAUGUAUAUUUUACCUUGUUUCCAUAGCCCAUUAGUACCCAUAAGAGUAAUAUUUGCGCCCUAGCUGGUUUGGCUUUAGUCGGCCUGUAGUUGCAUUCCGAUCAAGGGUACAUGCCUGGGUUCUGGGCUCGAUCCCCGGUAGGGGGUAUGCAUGAGGCAGCCAAUUGAUGAUUCUCUCUCAUUAUUGAUAUUUCUAUCUCUCCCUCUCCCUUCCUCUCUGAAAUCAAUAAAAAUAUAUUUUUUAAAAAAGAAGAAUAUCUGUGCCUGACCAGCAUGGCUCAGUGGUUAAGCGUUGACCUAUGAGCCCGAAUGUCAUGGAUCAAUUCCCGGUCAGGGCACAUGUCCUGUUGCAGGUUCCAUCCCCAGUGUGGAGGCAUGCGGGUGGCAGUGGAUCAGUGAUUCUCAUCAUUGAUGUUUCUAUCUCCCUUCUCUAAAAUCAAUAAAAACAUUUUAA